AAGCUGUUACAUUUUUUUUCCUUUUGCUGUCAAAUUCGAGUUCACUGAGAGAAAUGACAAAGGCAUUGUUUUAAGGCAUCUAUUGUUAAAUGUUUGAAGCUGUUCUCGUUAGCUACGCUAGCUCGGUGGUUAGCACUAGCAUGCCGUUGCGAAUGAAUGGCGACUCAUGAUGUUGAGCUUCCUGUUUGCUUCCUGUCCCGGUGAGCAUGGCUCAGGGGGCUUCAUGGGGACGCCGCUACCUCCGUGCCUUUGUGAGCGGUUUCUUUGUGGCCGUACCCGUCACAGUCACCAUCCUGGAUCGCUUGGCGUACGUGGCCAGGGUGGAAGGCGCAUCCAUGCAGCCGUUCCUGAACCCGGAAGGAGCGUCAGAGUGUGACGUGGUUCUGCUGAAUCGCUGGAGUGUCAGGAAGUACCACGUUCAGAGAGGGGACAUUGUGUCUGUCAUGUCUCCAAGGAAUCCUGAGCAGAAGAUCAUCAAGCGUGUCAUCGGCCUGGAGGGUGACUUCAUUAGGACUCUGAGCUACAAGAAGCGACAUGUGCGCGUCCCCGACGGCCAUCUGUGGAUCGAGGGGGACCAUCACGGCCACAGUCUAGACAGCAACACCUUCGGCCCGGUGUCGCUGGCUCUCCUCCAUGGCCGCGCGUCUCACAUCGUUUGGCCUCCUGGCCGCUGGCAGCGUAUCCAAGCCAAUCUCCCACCUGACCGAACGCCGCUGUUCACCAUCGGCGAUGACGACCAGUGAAUGCGUAUCAAAUGUCUUGUGAUCCUCCUGCUGGCGGGAGGGACAGUGAAGUAAUUGUCAUUUCUAUGAUAAUACGCAAUCAGAUAAGAUGACACCAAUGUCUCUUGUUUGCUGCUGUUGCAUCAUGGCCAUGACAUAUUUGUUCAUAAUUGUCCUCAGUUUACACAAAUCAAGUGCACAUGACAAUGAUAUUGCGAAUAAAAGUGGCAUUUUAAUUUUUGCGUAC